AUGGCCAGAAUAACCGAUCUGCCUGCCGAGCUGUUCCAACGGAUAAUCGAUCACUUAGGCUUAGCCUUCCCUCACGAUACAAACCUCGGAAACAAACACGUGGACGUGGACCACGCGGACCACGACGGGAGGAGAGACAUCCGGCAGAAAGCACGGUCUCAUUUAGAGUACAAAGACGCCUAUGGCUCUUCGCCCCACCCGCAAGUCUCGUGGCCAGAUGCUCUUCCUUCGAAUCCAUUGUUGCCGCUCUGCUUGGUCAACAGCACUUUUCGACAGUUUGCCCAGGAAGCACUCUUCACCAAUGUGGCUUUGCUCGACCAAUGGCAGGCGUACCUGUUCCACCGGACGCUGACCAGCCCAUCACCAAACGAUGAGGGAUCAGAAGUCUUGCGUGCAGCAAUCAAUGAAGAAGACGAGUACGAGGCUAGAGAACACGACUUGGAGACUUCGAGAUCCUCUGCGGUCUAUCCUCCCCGGCUGAACAAACUGGCUCGUCACGUUCGCGCGUUACAGUUCAGGUGGGCCGGCCACUGCUCGAUGGGAAGGGGCGGCGGCUCUCUAAUUUGCGAGAUCCUCCAAAGCUGUCCGCUGCUCGAAAGUAUCACCAUCGGCACCUCAUUUUUGACGCGGUGCAAGGAGCCUAUCCUGCAAGUCCUGGCGAGCAGGCAGUUCAUCAAAGAAUUCGUCGUCCUCGAGAACCCCAAUGCGGGCUGUCUGACGUUUCAGUGGCAAGCUCACGAGGUCGUCGGUCGAUUAUUCUUCAGAUGGAAGUUCCUCGAAACCAUCGAAUUCAUCCGGCUCCCUGGAUGGCCGUACAAGGAUGUCGAGACGAUCUACAACUCGAUACCCGCGCUGAAUUGUGCGCUGCGGACAAUCGUGUUGAACGAACCUUCCUUGAGCGAGAAAGAGCUCUCGAUGAUCCUGAAGAGCUCUCGCGAGAGCUUGCGGACGCUUCAAAUCAGCUGUCCGACUUCACUCCUUGACCGGCCAGGCUUGUACCGAAUCCUGAAGGAAUGUACCAGCCCAAACUUGGAAUCAUUAACACUCGAGGUCGGCAGAUGCUGGCAUCCGAUCCCAUCUUCCGCCAGAAUCGAAGGCGCAAAUGAUUCACAGAUAAACCCUGGCCUGCUAGAUUUUGUCUUCAAAUCUUCCUCCGCACUGACCAAGAUCAAAGUGCUGUCUAUCACCGGUCCCUUGGCCGGUUCCGAGUUCUUUGACCUCCUGCCUCAAUCCAUCGUGAAACUUACUUGGAAUCGCUGUGACCUCCAGGCCCUUGCAUUUGCUGAUGCACUAUCAGGCCGCCGACUGAACGAGAACCUAGGGAGCCCUCCAGAAAUACAUUGUUCCCCACCAGAUUACACUUUUAGUGUUAGUGAACAUGUUCAAUGGCUGCCCAAUCUCAAGUGUUGCUCCGUUGGCGAUACUAUCACUUGGAGCACGCAAGACUUACAGGUUAUUCUGAGGGAGUUAGAAGCACGACAGGUUUGUUUUCAUCCUGGCCCUGGACGAAUCUUUAGCGCAGACAGGGGAAGGUAUGAGCGAAGCAGAUAA